UUUCCCUACUGUUUGUCUUCCUGCCUGCUCCAACCAACGUCGGAAACCAAGAGCGAGAGAAACAAAUUAACUUCUCGUUGAAUGGCAAUUCUACAAAAACAUGGCAAAAACUCCAGUCCAGACCAGUCCAGUGUUAAAGACAGUCCGACGGAAAAUUUUGGAGCGGCUGGAGCUCAGAAAAAGUGGACGGAGUCGAAUCAGAACUGGUCGAGGCCGAAAGCACGAGUAUGGACCAUAGUUCUGCUGUUGGGGACAUGCCUGCUGUACUGUGCCCGUGUAGCCAUGCCCAUCUGUGCGGUCAGCAUGGCGGAGCGCUUUGGCUGGUCCAAGAGGGAGUCGGGCAUGGUGCUGGGCAGCUUUUUCUGGGGAUAUUGCUUCACUCAGGUUCUUGGAGGAUAUGUCAGUGACAGUGUGGGAGGAGAAAAGGUUCUCUUGCUGUCUGCUGCAGCGUGGGGAGCCAUGACUGCAUUCACUCCCAUCCUGGCCCAGUUCUGCUCGCAGCCCAUCCUCUCCAUGACUGUGUCUCGUUUCCUCAUGGGUCUACUGCAGGGCGUGCACUACCCAUCUUUGGCCAGCUUAUGCUCUCAGAAGGUGGUGGAUAGUGAGCGGGGCUUCCUGAUGAGCACUGUUGGGAGUGGCUCAUACCUGGGGACGCUGGUGAUUGGCGCAGUGGGAUCAUUAAUGUUGGAUCUGUACGGCUGGGAGAGUGUGUUCUACACCUCAGGCAUCCUGUCUGUGAUUUGGUCCUACUGCUUGUGGAAAUACCUCCUUAAGGGAGAGGGUCCACCCAUUACACUGGAGUCUUUGGGUAACACUGGAACCCAGUCCAAACUGUCUCGGAGAAACUGGCUUCGGCUCUUCAGGCAACCAGCUGUUUGUGCGGUCAUUAUUACACAUCUGUGCACAGCUAGCACCUUCUUCACCCUGUUGUCAUGGCUGCCGACAUUUUUCAAGGACACCUUCCCUGAUGCCAAGGGUUGGGUGUUUAAUGUGAUCCCGUGGCUUGUGGCUAUUCCUUCAUCAUUAUUCAGCGGCUUCCUGUCCGAUCACCUCAUCAGUCAGGGCUUUGAUACAGCAUCAGUGAGAAAGUUGAUGCAGUUUUUCUCAAUGGGUGUAUCCAGUGUGUUUACUCUGUUACUGUGUGGCACCACCACAUUCCCCAUGGCUGUGGCCUUUGUGUCAGCCACUAUGGGCUUCACCACCUUCAGUCACAGUGGUGUAUCCCUGAACGUUCAGGAUCUUGCACCAUCAUGUGCCGGAGCCCUGUUUGGUGUGAUGAACACCUGUGGUGCAUUUUCAGGGGUGAUCAUGGUGUAUUUCUCUGGCUAUCUGAUCGAGACCACGGGUUCUUGGACGUCAGUCUAUGGGCUCAUCACUGUAGUGAACCUGCUGGGUUUGGCAGUGUUCCUGGCAUUCGCAGAGGCACGCAGACUUGACAUUGAAGCCACAAAGGGGCACUAUCACAGCUUGCACAUCUAAGUUAAGCCCGUGCAGAACCACUUUUUAAUGGACAUGUUCUGACUGGGAAUUUGUACAGAAUUUGAACAGAUGACAAUCUGAUUGGGACCAGACGAAUGGGAUCUGGCAACACUGGCUUGGCUACAAAAGAGAUCCAACGACGCCAGCAGUUUAGUAUUACCUUUUGUUUUCUACUGCCAUGUCGAGUGAUGUGCUGGUGUAAUGGGACCAGUUUCUUUAUAUGGGAGAAUAUAAAGAUGUACAGCUCUGGUUGGAAGUUUAGUCAAAAGUCAACUGCUAUGCAUUGUGUUAGGUGUGAAGGAUUUGUAGCCUACUCUUACACUGAUCAGCCAUACCAUUAAACCACCUCCUUGUUUCUACACUCAGUGUCCAUUUUAUCA